AUGCUUGCCUUCAUUUUUACCAUUGAGGAGAUCAAUAGGAAUACUCGUCUUUUACCCAACAUAUCUUUGGGCUAUGAGUCCCAUAAUUCCCUGAACAGUAAAGGGAAUAUAUUGGAAAAUGUCCUAAGAUUGCACACAGGACAAGAUGAGAUCCCAAACUACAUGUGUGGGGGAGAGAGCAAAUCUGUAGCAUUACUGACAGGAACAUCAGCAGCAACAUCUGAACAAAGUGCACCACUGCUGGAGCUCUACAAGUUUCCACAGCUGGCCUUUGGCUCUUUUGAUCCAGUCCUGAGUGAGUACGGCCAGUUCCCUUCCCUCUAUCAGAUGGCUCCAAAGGAUACUUCUCUGGCCCUUGGCAUGGUCUCCUUGAUGCGUCAUUUCAGCUGGAACUGGGUGGGACUUGUCAUCACAGAAGGUCCAAAAGGGCUUCAGUUUCUCUCAGAUAUGAGAUCAGAGAUGGAUAAAAAUAGGAUCUGUGCAGCAUUUUGGAAGAUACUCAGUAGUUCUUCUCUAGUAUAUGCAUCAAGUUCACCAUAUGAUUUUUUAAUUAGAGAAACAUCCUUAGUAAAGGUUAUUUUCCUUUACUAUGAUACUGAUGGUGUAAAUGAUAUAAACCAUUAUAUAGGGCUACAUUUAGUGACACAGAUAGUCUGGGUGACAAACUCACAAUGGCAUGCUGACAUGACGGGGAAAAAUUUUAUAUUGGACACAUUCCAUGGGAUUCUCAUUUUUUCCAACCACCACGAGGAAGUUUCUGGUUUUAAAAGCUUUCUCCAGCGAGUCAAGCCAUCUAGCUACCCUGCAGACAUUUUCUUGCAGCAUCUUUGGUACUCCAGUUUCCAUUGCUCAUUGUCUGAGUCUGACUGUGUUUUGGAAAACUGUGCUCCCAAUGCCUCCUUGGCUCAGUUACCUGCAAAUCGUUUAGAGCCGGCCAUGAGUGAUGCGAGUUACAAUAUUUACAAUGCUGUGUACGCUGUGGCCCAUGCCCUGCAUGAGAUGCUUCUUCGGCAAUUAGAGAUGCAACCAGUGAGAAACGGGUCAGGCAUCGUGACUUCUCCCUGGAAGCUCCAUUCCUUGUUAAAGAACAUCAAGUUUGACACUUGUGCUGGAGAGCACGUGAAUUUGGACAAAGAAAGAAAACUUCAUAUAAAGUUUGACAUUCUCAAAUUUUGGAACUUUCCUGAAGGUCUUAGGCUUAAGGUUAAAGUAGGAGAAUUUUCUCCUCAUGUUCCAAAUGGGCAGCAGUUGACUUUAUCUGAGAUGAUACAAUGGGACUCAUUAAUUGCAAAGAUUCCCCACUCUGUUUGUACUGAGAGUUGCAAUCCUGGAUUCAGGAAGUCCCCUCAGGAGGGAAAGCCUUCUUGCUGUUUUGAUUGCAGCAUUUGUUCAGAGGGUGAGAUUGCCAAUGAAACAGAUAUGGAUCAGUGUGUGAAGUGUCCAGACCACCAGUAUGCCAACAUUCAGAGAAAUCGCUGCAUCCAAAAAUCAGUGACUUUUCUGGCUUAUGAAGACACCCUCGGAAAGAUGCUGACUGGCACAGCCUUGUGCUUUACUGUUCUCACGGUUGUUGUUCUUGGACUCUUUGUGAAGCACCGAGACACUCCCAUCGUCAAGGCCAACAACCGGGCUCUCAGUUACAUCCUCCUCACCUCCCUUACCUGCUGUUUCCUCUGUUCCUUGCUCUUCAUUGGUCAUCCCAACACAGCCACCUGUAUACUUCAGCAGACCACAUUUGGAGUUGUGUUCACUGUGGUUGUUUCCACUGUCUUGGCUAAAACCAUUACUGUGGUGCUGGCCUUUAAGGUCACUGCUCCAGGCAGAAAGAUGAGGCAGUUUCUGGUAUCAGGAGCACCAAACUACAUCAUCCCCAUCUGCUCUCUGAUCCAACUCACUCUUUGCGGAAUCUGGAUGGGGACAAAUCCACCCUACAUUGACACAGAUGCACACUCUGAACAAGGCCAAAUCAUCAUCGUGUGCAACAAGGGCUCCCUCACUGCCUUCUACUGUGUCCUGGGAUACCUGGGCUCCCUGGCCCUGGUGAGCUUCACUGUGGCUUUCCUGGCCAGGAAACUGCCUGACACCUUCAAUGAAGCCAAGUUCCUGACCUUCAGCAUGCUGGUGUUCUGUAGUGUGUGGGUCACCUUCCUGCCCGUGUACCACAGCACCAAAGGGAAGGUUAUGGUGGCCAUGGAGGUUUUUUCUAUCUUGGCUUCCAGUGCAGGGUUGCUGGGCUGCAUCUUUGCUCCUAAGUGUUACAUUAUUUUGUUAAGACCAGAUAGCAAUUAUCUGCAUGGAUCAAGAGAUAAAAUGUAUUCUAAGAAAAAUAAGCAUUAUUAA